AUUUGAGAUUUUUUCUAUGAAGUGUUCCAAGUUUUAUUUUGUUAUUAUCACGUUAUUAUACGUAAAAAAAAUUGAAUAUUUUUUAGUUAUUUAAAAGAAACAGUAAAUUGCUUUGUAUGAAAGGAAAUUGAGUAAAAAUUGUAGUCUCAUUUUUUGAAACAUUUAAUAUUAUUGAUUAUAGGUUUCAAAAAUUUAUAUUAUUCAAAUAAAUACGAAACAUGGAGUUCUCAAAGGAGGGGAGAUUUUUUCCAAACGAAUGUUACAUUUGUAAAUCGAUGAAAAAUCUAAAUAUAUGUAAAUGCAAUAUGAUUUCUUACUGUGGUGAAAAUCAUCGAUUACAACAUUAUCCAAUUCACGAAAAGUUUUGCAAUGCGGUUAUGGAAUUAUUAAAUGAAAAAAAAGUAUCCCACAUUUAUGAAGAACUUCAUCCUUUACUUGGAACUAUUUGGACAAAAAAACAAAAACAAAUCUAUAAAGAAUUAAAAACAAAAUUAACGAGAUCACUGAGUACUCUGGAAGAAGCAAUGUUUGAACGUCCGCGUGUUUGUUAUGUUUGCCGUCAUGCUAAUCAAGAAAAUUUAAAAAAUUGUUUAAAAUGUCCCAUUGCAAGCUUUUGCAUGAAUCAUCCAAACAGUGAAGAACAUGAUAAGAAUUGUAUAUUAAUGCGAAAAUAUUUAAAUAUGUUGCAAACGGCAGAUGCAUUGAAUGUUAAUUUACAAUUUUUACCUACAUGUUAUCCGUUUAUUAGAAAAAAUGCGAGUAUUACAAUUGAUAGACUAACGUUUACAAUGCUAUUGAAUUUUAGUGAUUCAGAGGCAUCUGCUUUACGACGUAUCGAGUCAAAAAUAAUUCUGCUUAAUUUUAUUGACGCUGCUUCAAUAUUUCAUACUGCCUUACAAAAAAUCGAGAAUAUUAAUCCUUUGGAAAUAAUUAUUCACUUAGACGCGCUCGAUUAUAAACAUGUGAUUGUUGAAAAAAAUUAUUGGGAAUUUCUUUUACAUUUAAAUUCAGAUAUAAAGAUUUUAAAAAUUGUCAUCACUGGAAGUGAAGAUGAGAACAAUUUUAAAACUUCUCUUUGUAAAGAAUGUCGUUCUAUGAAGAAAAAUUUGUCUAUCGAAAGAUAUUCAAUGCCUUACGAAGAGUACAUUUUGCAAGAAAAUUAUCAAAAACCCACUGCUUUGUUUUAUUGCAAAUUCGAAAAUAAUGAAAAUUUUCAUAUAACAAAAAAAUGGAUUAAUCUUACAAGUCCCAUUAUUUUACAUCUUUCAAGAGAAAAUUUUGAUAAAUGUAAAAGCAUUCUUGAGUUUUCAUCUGAAAAGAUUGAAAUUAUUUAUGAAGGAGAAAUUCAUACACUAUUCAAUGAUAAAUCUAUACCUAGAAAUGAUGAUUAUAUUAUAAUUUUUAAAUCAAAAGGACCUGAUGAUUUUAUUAAAUCAGAAGUUGAUUCCAGCAUAAGUGGAAAUAAUGAAAUAAACAUUAGUGAUAAUGCGAAUGAUUCCAAUGCCACAACAGUUCAAAAUGAAUUGCUUCAAGAGAACAAAACUCAAGAUAAUAGUAAAACAGAAGAAAUUGAAGACAUAAAUUUAUGUCCAGAAGAAAAUCAAACAAAUUCGUUAUCUCAUCAGAAUAAUUCUGAUAGUAAUCAAGAAAUUUCCUACGAACAAAAUAUCGAUAAUGAUAGUCAAAAAUCGGAUGAUGAGAUUGAAGUGACGGAAACGAAUUUUUUGGAGAAACACAUUAUAUUUCUCCAAACUGAGAAUAAUAAAUUACGACAAAAUUUAAAUUUAUCAAAAGAAAUGAACACAAAAUUACGAAAGGAAAUGUUAGACUUGGAGGAAAAAUGUUCUAAUAAUAUUAAUGAGAAUGUGAUAUUUCGAGAUGAGAAUAAUAGACUUCGUGAACACUUAAAUUUAUCAGUUAAAAGAAAUUUAGAACUUCAAGAAAUUAGUUCAAAAUUAGUCAAAAAAAUCAAAUUAAUAAAAGAACAUACAAAUAUUGAUGACAUUGAAAAAAAAAUUAGUUAAAUUCAGUUGAAAAAAUAGUAUUCAUUAUAUGUUUAUUUUUUUAGAAGCAGGCACCACCUUUA